UUUCAAUAUUAUCGGCAUCUUUAUGAAACUAGAAACUUGCACUAGAGGGGAGCAGCAUGGGCAUAUUGCAGAACAAAAGCAAAAAACCACUUCAUCAUUCUCUCCCUCCCCACAUAACCGAGGGUCUCUUCUCUUCUAAUUGCUAGAUGCAGAUGGAAGAGGAUCAUCAGGUUAGAAGUCAAAAGACAGAGUAACUUGUGACCACAGAUAAUAUUCUCCGAGUCAACAUCUGGUGACCAUUUCUUAGCAGAAUACAAGUCCCAUGAAUUUGGGAGCGUUCCACUGGAGAAAAGCUUGAAAAUGAUAGUUGCACUUCAGACCAUGAUGCAUAUCCUUUCGCAUGCAUCCAAUUUAUCCAUACAGACCCUAAAAAUUGACUCAGGUCAAAUUACAGUAUCUUGACUGUUUGAUUUCUUCAAAAUAGACUGAAGCUGUGCUUCAUAUUUCCUUAGAGCAUCACUGUUGAUCCCCCUGCCUGUCAACCAUUUGCAUUUAUUAAUUCCCUCCAUAAAAUCCUCCAGACCCCAGCAAUACCACAGCAUUCCAUUCUUCUCUAGGCUCCUUGGAUUCUGACCCCUGUUUGCUUUCCACCCAACCACUCUUCUUAAAUCUCUAUUUGCCACCAAGAAGAAUGCCCAGAGAAACAAAGAGUGUGAGUGGAUGAAUCAACUUGUCUUCCAUCUCAGGGGAGGAAGCAUAUAGGAAUCUGGCUGUGGUGUUUCAUUAGUUGCUGGUUCAGGUGAUGUACUAAGCUGCCAAAGAUGAAGUUCAUGAAGCUUGGAAACCGCCCAGAUACCUUCUUCACCACGGAAGCCAUAAGGUCUGUUUCGUCAGAAGUCUCAACUGACCUCCAAAUCCAGGUGCAUAACAGCUUGUAUCAGCUGCACAAGUUUCCCCUCCUGUCUAAAUGCCUGCGCCUGCAGAAGCUCUGCUCUUCACUGAAGGAUACCUCCGAGCACACAGUCAUCUUACUUCCGGACCUUCCCGGCGGCGCCGAGGCCUUCGAGGUCUGUGCAAAGUUCUGCUAUGGCAUCACCAUCACUCUCAGCUCCCUCAACAUCGUGCCCGUGCGUUGCGCCGCCGAGUACCUCCAGAUGAGCGACGACGCUGACCGUGGGAACCUCGUCGGCAAGCUCGAGCUCUUCUUCAAGUCUUGCAUCCUCCGCCGAUGGAAGGACACGCUGGUGACGCUGCAGAGCACGAGGAACUAUUCUCCUCUGUGCGAAGAACUGGGCAUCACCGGCCGCUGCAUCGAUGCCAUUGCCACUGCCAUUAUCGCCAGCCCGACGCAGGCGAUCACGUCAAGCCACAGCCGGAAGGCAGCGACCAAGAACUGGUGGGCCGGGGACAUCAGUGAACUAGGAAUAGACCACUACUGGAGGGUCAUGGUGGCGGUGAAAUCCGCCGGCAUCGUUCCCAACAAGCUCAUCGGGGAGGCACUACGGAUCUACGCUCGCAGGUGGCUGCCAAAUAUGUCCAGAAAUGGCCAACAGAAUGAACUGGAAGCCGAUGACUCCUUGUCAGAGUCUCCUACAGAAGCCCCCGUGAAGCACAGGCUGCUAAUGGAGAAGAUAGUGAGCUUACUCCCCACCGAAAAGGGCUCUGUUUCAUGUAGUUUUCUGCUCAAGCUUCUCAAGGCCGCCAACAUACUCCACGCUUCGACAUCAUCGAAGAUGGACUUGGCCAGGCGAAUCGGACUGCAACUGGAGGAGGCAUCGGUUGAUGGUCUUCUGAUUCCACUCGACUCAAAUUCGAGUGGUACGCUGUAUGACGUCGAUAUAGUGAUGGCCAUGUUGGAGGAGUUCCUGCUUCAAGGACAGAGCCCAGCAACCAGUCCACCCAGAGAGAAGCUUCGUUGUGAGAGGAGGAGGUCUCGAUCUUCCGAGAACGUGGAAUUCGAGGUACAGGAGAACAGCCGCAGGUCGUCCUCCGCCUCCCACAGCUCCAAGCUGAGAGUGGCCAAGCUAAUUGAUGGUUACCUCCAAGAGAUUGCCAGAGACGAGAACUUGCCCAUGAAGAAGCUAAUUGCAAUCGCGGAAGCUGUUCCAGACUUUGCCAGGCUCGACCAUGAUGAUCUCUACAGAGUCAUCGACAUCUACCUCAGGGUACACCCGGAGCUCGACAAGAACGCGAGGAAGCAACUGUGUCGAAUCCUGGAUUGCAAGAAACUCUCCGUGGAAGCCUGCAUGCACGCCGCGCAGAACGAGCUACUUCCUCUGAGGGUGGUCGUGCAGGUCCUCUUCUUCGAGCAUUCCCGAGCCGCCAUGUCCGGCGGCCAGGUGACUGAGCUGCCCAGCAACAUCAAGGCACUGCUGGCUAAAACCACAGCAAGAGGGGAAGACAGGGACGCACUCAAGCUUCACCACAUCGGCACUGCUACCCCAUUAGAAGACGGCUGGAGCAUCUCCAGAUUGAAGUGCCCCGCCACGAAGCUCGCAACGCUCAAGACGAAGCUCGCGGAGGAGGAGGACAACGACAUGGACGACGACUUGAUUCCGCGCGAUGCGCUCAUGAGGAGUGCUUCUUCGAGGUUCAAAGCCUUGUGCUCCCUUCCUAAGAAACCAAAGAGGAUCAUCAGCAAACUGCUGGCCAUGAACAGAAGUGCAAGCGAGAGGAAUUAAUCGAAAUAACUUGCGCUAUCGAUUUCAUGCAGAGAAAUCGUAAUUGAAACGUCCUAUAUUUAUCUCUGAGUUCUCUUUCUUGAGGCCACUCCACAGGAGCUGGCUUUUGCUGCCCACUCUGUGCACCGUGAGCCAAGGAAGAACAUGUAGAUUAAGGCCAAAAGAUGGAGGCUCUCCUUAUGGCAUAGUCAAAUAAAAGCUUAAUUAGAUGUGAUUCGCUUA